GGAGAUCAGAACGUGAUGACGCAGCUGGUGUGACGUGAAAGCUUAUAAAGAGGCGCAUGGCGGAGGGAAAAUGUAAAUAACACUAGCGAAGAAAUAGGAGUUAUGAGAAUCUUGACUGGGACAGCCCGGUGUCUUUUAUUCACACACUCCCGGUGUGCACCGCCAGGGGGCAGCAGAGCGUUCUGGGGCUGGCUCAACGCCGUCUUUAACAAGGUCGAUUAUGAGCGGAUUAAGGCAGUUGGGCCGGACCGUGCAGCCGCUGAAUGGCUCCUAAGGUGCGGGGCCAAAGUUCGUUUCCGUGGUUUCGAUCGCUGGCAACAUGAUUACAACGGGCUCCCGACAGGGCCGCUGGGACGAUAUCAAAUCCAGGCCAUCGAUGCCACAGAAUCCUGCAUCAUGUACCGGGGAUUCGAUUACCUGGAUGGUCUGGAGCAUGUAGAAGAGAUAAAGCUGCGAAAGUGUAUAUAUAUAGAGGAUGCGUGUCUGGAGCGAUUGAGUAAGACAGAGAAGCUGCAGAACAGCAUGAGGACCAUGGAGAUCAUCUCCUGUGGCAAUGUGACAGACAGAGGCAUUAUCGCUCUUCAUCACCUAAGGAACUUGGAGUUCUUGUUCCUCAGUGACCUGCCAGGCGUGAGAGAGAAACAGAAAACAACAAACACACUGCAAACCGCACUACCCAAUCUCACCAUAGAACUCGACCUGGUUUAACUAGUCAUAGUUUGCUUUUUAGCCGAGAUUGUCAAAUCAGAGAUCUGAGGUGAGGUGUGAUGUGAUGUCAGUUACAGAAACACUAAGGUUUUAAAGGUUUUGAGGAACUGAUGUGUGAUGUGUAAAGUGUUACUGUUAAAUAAGCAACAUUUAUAUUAAAUAUGUACUGCUGUU